CAAUUAGCCUAGUAAAGACUAAAGCUGUUAAUCUACCAAAGCUACCUUUACGUAAUUUUUAUUUUUUUUCUUCUUUUUAAAACCAAAAGUUUCCGAUUUUAGUACUUACACGUUCGUUUUAUAGUUCUAUUACAUUUUCUAUUAAAAAAAUCAACAUAGUGUACUUAUUUAUUUAAAACUAGUAAUGCGUGUUACUUGUUAGAAAUUCGUUCUAUCUGAAAUAAAUAUUACAUUAUCGAAACUGAUACAAAAGGUUCGAUUGACUAUUGUCGGCAACCAAACUCACGUUUUCUAAUGGAUCUCAAUGACGAAGAUGGAAUCUGGGAUAGCGUGCUACUCGAUCCACUGACUGAAGAAACGUUUAUCUCGAAUUUGUCUUGCAGAUAUAAUUCAAAUACUAUUUAUACUUAUAUGGGAAAUAUGCUCAUUGCCGUCAAUCCUCACAAGGAAGUACAACAAAUGUCCACGUUGUUAUGUCAAACGUACAUGUCGCCGAGAUCGGGCCAUUUGCCGCCACACUUAUUUGCCAUAGCUGGUUGGUGCGUACGAUGGUUGGUGGACGCGGCCCAAGAUCAGUGGAUUGUAUUACAAGGCGUAUCCGGUUCUGGCAAAAGCUAUUGUACGUCAAUGUUGCUGCAGUGUUUAUGCAAGUACAACGAUAAUAACAAAGUGCUCAAUCAACGGUUAUUGAACUCCAACAUUUUACUGCAAUCUUUUGGAAACGCCAAAACACAUAUUCAUAGAGAUGCAUCUCGUUUUAUAAAACACAUAGACUUGGAAAUGAACUUUAAAGGAAAUAUCUUGGGAGCGACCUUUUCUGGAUACUUGUUGGAUAAAUCUAGAGUAACAUCACAAAAUGCAUUGAAUAGGAAUUUUCAUUUAUUUUAUCAACUGAUUUACGGCGCUGAUAUUCAUUUGUUAAAGUCGUUGAAACUUACUAGAAACUCGGAAAACUAUGUUUAUUUGAAAUGUAGUAAUCGUCUGAGGCAAUUGGAUAUUGUUAAUUUUCAAUCGGCAUAUCAUUCGACAAAGUGUGCAUUUGAGUUGUUGGGAAUUUCUGAAUUAGAUGUAAUCAGCGUUUUCAAAAUAGUUAGCAGCAUAUUAAAGCUGGGCAAUUUGACAAUAGUGCCGACCAAUAAUAUCGACGGAACCGAAGGCUGCAUCAUCACCAACGAUUACGAGCUUUACGAGUUAGGUGAACUGUUAGGCAUGGACGGAGAGACUUUGAACAAGGCACUGACGUCAUCGUCGAGUUUGCUGUCUGAAAUGUCGGCUAAGGAGGCUCGCAACGCCAAAGACCAUUUGGCACAGUCUUUGUAUUCUAGAUUGUUUUCGUGGCUUGUAUGGAGAAUAAACCAGUGUAUCAAAGCCGAAGCGAAAUAUAAACGGAGGCAUUUAGGAAUAUUGGACGCGUUUGGCUGUGACUAUUCCGACAGUAAAAUGGAUUGGGAUAGUUUUGUAGUGAAUUCUUGUACGGAUAAAAUCCACAAUAUAGUAUUGUCGACAACGCUGAAAGAAGAACAACAAGAAUAUGCGAUAGAGCGAUUACACUGGUGUCUAAUUCCAUUUUACGACAACACUUUGGUUUGCGAAUUGAUAUACAAGACCGAAGGCGGAUUGUUAAGUACUUUGGACGAAUUCAUCACUGACAACAAUAGCCUAACAAUUUUGAAAAGAAUAUACGCUCUACAACAACUAUCCGAGUCGUCGUCUGAUGACGGAAUUCACACCAGGAUGGAGCAAAUAUCGUUAUACGAUUGUUUUACGUUGAAUCAUUUUAUCGGACCGGUCAAGUAUAACGUCAACACUUUUGUGGAAAAAAAUAAAAACGUUUUAAGCCCGACGUUGUGUUGUGCCAUGUUUAACGGCACGCAUCCAUUAUUAAAGGAGUUGUUCCCGGAAGGAAAUCCAGAACGAGUGACUGCGUUUACAGUUUCAAAUCCAGCCAGCCAACUACGGGUGUGGGCCGAAGCCUUUACGGCGACAUUGUCUAGUCGUCACUUGCAUUACGUCACGUGUUUGUCUCCUAAUCGUCAUUGCCAGACCAAUUCAUUCGAUGCUUCUUUUGUGAAACAACAAAUAAGAUGGUUCAGUUUGGUGGAAAUCGUACGGUUGCGUAGGGCUGGUUUCUGUUAUCGCCUUACGUUUGAAGAGUUUUUGAAUCGUUACAAAAUGCUCAGUCCGUCGACGUGGCCAAGGCCUAGAUUUGGAAACACGGCCAAAUCUAUACGGUCGUUGGUCGUGUGCCUACCAAUACCUUGUGGAGAGUUUGUUUACGGAGUGACCAAAGUUUUCGUGAGAUCUCCGAGGUCUGUAUGGGAGUUAGAGCAGUUAAGAGCAGAGCGUUUGAAUCAGUUGGCCGCUUUAGUCCAGGAAGCGUGGCAUAAAUUCAAACGACACAAAACGCCUUGCAAUCCGACGAAAAUCUACCGAAAUUAUAAGAUGACUGACACCGUUUUGGCCGCCAAAUGUAUUUGCAGAACUUUUUUGACUUGGCAGAAGCGACAAUAUUUAUUUAAGUUGUCAAAAUGCUUGAAUCAUUCAAUGGAGUCGCCUACUAGCAGAUCUUGGGUGCCGUUGACCAAUUCUCGGUUUGCGCACACUCACUAUUUGUUAGAAACUCUUCACCACAAAUGGAGGUGUCGUAAAUACCGAGACAAAUUGGAUCAAACUUCGAGGAAUCGCAUGCGAGAAAAAGUCACCGCCAGCAUAUUGUUUAAAAACCGAAAAGCAAGUUAUUCUCACAGUGUCGCUCAUCCGUUCACCGGCGACUACGUACGUCUGCGGCAACACGUACAGUGGAAGAAAACCGCCUUGCAGUACGGCGACCAGCACGUCGUGUUUGCAGACAUUGUCAAUAAAAUUACAAGAAGUAGCGGCAAGUUUGUGCCGACUCUUCUCGUGAUCUCAACAAAGUCCAUGUUGAUAUUGGAUCAGAGAACGUUACAAGUGAAAUAUCGAGUGCCGGCGGCCGAUAUUUAUCAGCUAUCAUUGUCACCUUUUUUGGACAAUGUCGCUGUUUUUCAUAUCAAAUCCGCGUACGUGAGGUGUUCUGAAGAAGAGGACGAAAACGAAGAAGAGGACGACGUUACUGGAGAAUGGUCUCCCACACCCAGCGGAUGUUUGUUCCAUCAGGGAUCUAUUGCCGCCGGUCCGUCCAACAGUACAUACAAGAAAAAAGGAGAUUUUGUUCUUCAAACGAGUCACGUCAUAGAAGUGGUGACCAAGUUGUUUUUAGUAAUCCAAAACGUCUCUGGGACUUCGCCCGACGUUAACAUAUCCACUAGGUUAGAGGCAAAUUUUGGCGAUCAAACAGUCGUAAUAUCGUUCAAGUAUUUAGGCAUGCCCGAAGUGGCUCCGGGCCAAAUAAAAAUUGUUCGUAAAACCAAUAAGAUGGAGAUUUUUGUUUGAGAAAACCAAAAUGUCAAACGUAUCUACGUGCCUUAAACCCGAGGGCUGUCACUGCCAUUUUGUUGUCCCGUUCAUAUAAAUCCUGUUCAGUAUACAAUUGUUCUGAGAAACAUUGAUCAAUAUUAUGAAAAUUAUCACAUCAUUUUUUUGUUUAUUUUAUUAGCGAUCAUUGCACUUGUUGGAUAUUAUAUUUAUUAAUUAUUAUUGUUGUCUUUUGUUAUUUUUAUGAAAAGAAACUAACUGUUAUACCGAAAUAUAUAAUAUAUUAUACUACCUAUCUAGUUAAUAAUUUUACAGUUAUCAAUCAAAAAAAAAAAAACUGUUUAUAAAAUUAAAUUUGUAUUUCACCACAAUCGGACAAUCGUUUAACCUAACCGAGCCGCAUCAUGUCUGUCGUCAACGGUAAUAGUGCUACAGACUUUGCAGAUGUGUUUUAAAAAUGAUGUACCAUUAUAAUAUUAUUAUGCUAAUAUACCUGUGUUCAUUAUUUUUUGUUAUAAAUGUAUAAUAUAUAUAAAUUUAUUUCCUUCGUUCCACAGCAAUUGCAGUCUAACGCCAACAUUAUAUUUCAUACAUUUAUUUUUUAUAAUAUCAAUUUGUAUUUGUAAUUUGGUCAAUUAUACCUUACAAACCGUGCUAUGAUUUAAUAACCAAAAUUCUAAAACCGUUCCAUCAUACAGUACG